CCCCUGUACCUUACAGCUGUGGGUAUCCCUAGUGGCUUAAUAUCCUACUUCGUUUGUUCCUCCGACGUCAUAACUGCUAACAACGACUUGGCCAGUGCAGCUUGUCUAUGGUGCGAAGGAAUUGAGUGUAGAUCAGAGGAUCGUGGCUCGCCAAUUGUACGUAAAGGGCCAGAUGAUCCAGCGGUUGCGUAGUCUGGGCCUAUUAGGAUCGUGAGUAGCCAAGGCUCAGUGUCGACUAGAUAAAUCCUUCUAUAGACACGCGCAGAUCGGAAUGUUAUGUAUGUAUCUAUAUCUAGACAUCAAGCCCCUCACACAACCAGGUUGAGUUGAUUUUAAGCUUAAUUGAGACUUAAUUGGUAGUGUCAUCUUUGCCUCCGCCUUCGAAUAUGAAAGCAGUUCUCCCAAUUUUUGCUUUGACCUCCUCGGCCAUCGCAUUUGAUGGUCAAUACGGGACGGGUGGAAGCCCAGGUAACAUGAGCGAGCAAGCAUGGCAAUCUGCUUUCGAGAACCCCAACGCAACAGGGACAUAUAAAUUUGAGGCGUAUAAUGUAUCGGAAAGAUUCCCGCCAAACAAAACUGUUGACGGAUGGACGGCUACCAUUCGCGUAGCCAAUAUUACGGACGACCCUGAGGACGAUACACCUUAUCCCGGCACCGACAUCAGUGUUCAAGCACCAGAGGGAAUGAGGGUCCCAAUGCUGAAUAGCAGUCGUACGAACUCUUCAGACUGGCAUGUGUGUGUUGCUUUCUGGGGACCCAGUCGCCUGAAGGAUGAAGCAACCGACGAUGCACAACACGACGAUGGAGACUGCAGCUCGUUCCUUGACGAAGACUGCCUAGAGGCCUUGAACACAGAAGCAGCUGGAUAUUUCUGGAACGGAGAGGAGUGCACAAUGCUGCCACAUAUGCCAGUUAAAUGUGAGAAGUAUUACAAAGACUACGGCCCAACGUAUGGCGGAGUUCCUGGGGCGAAUCUGAGUCAAUUUGGCAGCGGAAGGACCUUGAUCAGCCAACGUCCACAGACGGCUGGCAAAUAUAAUGCGAUGACCCAAGAGGAAGCAUAUGACUACGCUGUGCGUGGUGUUUGGACUGUAAUGAUCAACUGGGGUCGUCGUGAUCCCGACACAUAUAGUCAGGACGAUGUUUUACAGCCUUCACUGUUGUGCCUGCGCACCAGGAACAUCACUGGAGGCAGUGAGGAUCCUAACGACGGCGCAAGAACAACUGGCUAUGUAGCUCUGGCUGUUUUCUCAGCUUUGAUGACCACGCUAUUGUUGGCAUAUUGAGUCGAGGUGCGGAGUAUACAGUAGUAAAGUGGCUCUCUGCCGGAUGCUGAGAGAAUCGGGCAAUGGGUAUUGUUGACUAUCAGGCUGCUUCUGGCUUGUCCUUCAGGUGGAUAGAUAAUUCAGCUCAUGAUACUAAUGGUUAAACGUGAUAUAGAAAUCUUUGACCAUCAUUUCAUCACUUUUCUCUUCCAUACUACUAUUUCGUAUCUAUAUAUAUUUCCAAUAG